CCCACAGGCUAUAAGGAAUCUAUUUCCAAGUGGCUCGUCAGUCGUCUCCCCUCCAAUAUUACCUCCUCCCAACUGCCAAACACGCCCUACUCUCUCUCUCUUUCUCUCUCCGUUGAUUAGGGUUUGCGCAAUUUUUUUCCUCCCAACAAUUCUCCAAUCCAAGAGAGAACAAAUUCAGAGUUCCUGUGAUGUAACUAAUUACGGUUUCUAAUCGUUUCCAAUGUUGAGCUCUUCUUGCUCUCAAUCUCUAUUACGGCGUGGCCCAACUCUCCCCCCAUCCGUUUCCAGACUCAGGGUUAUUAACAGACCCGGGAAUUCUCCCCUUUUGACUAGGAACGCUCAGAUCUUCGAUUCCCAUUCAAAGUUCUCCAAAAAUAAAUGGAAAAUUUCAUGUUUUAGACAUGAGGACUUUUCUCCUGUAAAUCCCAAGUCUGAUGGUGUUGAACACUGCCUGCCUGAGAAGCUGGUGAAGAAGCCCGAACUCGAAAAUCCCACUGAUGUUAAAAAGAAUUGGAUAUCAAGUCUUCGAGAGGCUGCAGAUUUUGUGUAUAGGGCAAUUGGGAGCAGAUGGACUGUGCCCUGGACAGCAGAGACCAUAUUGCAGGUUAUGCUUCUGUGGGUUGUCUCAUUCUGGUUUAUAGGAUCUUGGGUGAUUCCUUUUGCAGCCCACAUGGCAGGUUUCAACAAGGAAUCCCUGACAUUUAGAGGACAAGCCUUGUUCAGCCUUGUGACUGAUGUAACUGAAGGCCUUGCUGGAAUUGCUAUUCUCCAUCGCUGUUUGUCUCGAUUUUGUCCCCUUCCAUCUGAUUGGUUUAGGUUUAGCCUGAAAGGUAACUGGCUAUUGGACGUUGCUCUUGGAUGUUUCAUGUUUCCCUUGGUCAACCGCCUCUCUCAGUUCAAUCUUAGCUUAUUGCCCAUUCUACCUUCUACACCUGUUACUCUCUCCAGCGUUGAGCAGUCAAUUGCAGCAAGAGAUCCAGUGGCAAUGACUUUGUAUGCGAUAGUAGUUUCAGUGUGUGCCCCUGUGUGGGAGGAGAUUGUCUUUCGGGGUUUCCUCCUUCCUUCCUUAACAAGAUACAUGCCCGUGUGGUGUGCAAUCCUGGUUAGCUCAGUUGCCUUUGCUCUAGCACAUUUCAAUGUACAGAGAAUGCUUCCGCUUAUUUUUCUGGGAGUGGUGAUGGGUGUCAUUUUUACAAGGUCGAGGAAUUUAAUGCCAUCUAUGCUUUUGCAUAGCCUUUGGAAUGGUUUUGUGUUCUUAGAUUUAAUGAGAUGACUUGUUAGCCUUGCGCAGCACAUACAACAGAUCAUGAAUCAGCUGAUCAUCUCUCAAAAGUGUAUAUUUGUGGCUUUGAAGGAUAUUUUUUAUCAUAAGGCCUCUGAAGGCCUGCUCCAUUGGCAACUUUGAUUUACACUCAUCCUCAGAAUGCUUUGUAGGUCCAACAAACAGAGAUAAAGUAGUAUUGACAGAAAUUAAUAGGCCAUUCUAUAAUUUCUUCAUUUAUGGAAUUAGUCUAGUACAUCUUUCAUAUGUGUAAUUAUACUAGAAACAAAGGGGUAAAGCUAUCCCUUUGGCCUGCAGAGAUCUUGCUUAACGUUGUAAAACUCUCAAUCCAGUAAAUUAGCACUCUUUUUUUCUUGUAA